UAUGUAACUGACACUUACAAUAUAAGGUUGAAAGAGAGCAAGUUAAGUUUGGGGAGAGAUGUUAUGGGUAUGUAUAGGUUGGUUUAUAGUGCUGGCAACGGUGGCUGCCGGAGCAACAAUGGCAGAAAGUGGCGGAGGAGAUGUCGCAUACGAUGGCAGGUCUCUCAUCAUUGAUGGGCAAAGAAAAAUUUUGUUUUCGGGUUCAAUUCACUAUCCUCGAAGCACACCUGAGAUGUGGCCGUCUUUGAUAGCCAAAGCCAAAGAAGGGGGACUAGAUGUUGUUCAGACCUAUGUGUUCUGGAAUCUCCACGAGCCCCAACCUGGAGAGUAUGAUUUCAGUGGAAGAUAUGAUUUGGUGAAAUUUAUAAGGGAAAUACAAACACAAGGUCUUUAUGCCUGCCUUAGGAUUGGACCUUUCAUCGAGAGUGAAUGGACUUACGGGGGUUUACCCUUUUGGUUGCAUGAUGUCCCUGGCAUUGUUUAUCGAUCAGACAAUCAACCCUUCAAGUUUUACAUGCAAAAUUUUACAACAAAAAUAGUCAACUUGAUGAAGUCCGAGGGUUUAUAUGCUUCACAAGGAGGUCCCAUAAUCUUAUCACAGAUUGAAAAUGAAUAUGGAAAUAUUGAAGCGGCUUUUGGAGAAAAUGGAACUUCAUAUGUCCGUUGGGCAGCAAAAAUGGCGGUUGACCUACAAACUGGCGUGCCGUGGAUUAUGUGCAAGCAAAACGAUGCUCCUGAUCCGGUGAUUAAUACAUGCAAUGGGAUGAGAUGUGGUGAAACUUUUGGAGGGCCUAACUCACCAACAAAGCCAUCACUUUGGACAGAGAAUUGGACAUCAUUCUAUCAAGUGUAUGGAGGAGAAGCAUACAUACGAUCAGCUCAGGACAUUGCGUUUCAUGUGGCUCUUUUUAUUGCAAAAAAUGGAAGCUACGUGAACUAUUACAUGUAUCACGGUGGAACGAAUUUCGGCAGAACAGCAUCAGCUUACGUCAUAACAGGUUAUUACGAUCAAGCUCCCAUUGAUGAAUAUGGUUUAAUCAGGCAACCCAAAUGGGGCCAUCUUAGGGAGCUGCAUUCUGUGAUCAAGUCUUGCUCUUCAAUUUUACUUGAAGGAAUGCAAACUAAUUUCUCAUUGGGUCCACUUCAACAGGCAUAUGUUUUUGAAGCACAAGGAGCAGGAUGCGCUGCAUUUCUUGUGAAUAAUAAUUCAAACAAUGCAACUGUUGAAUUUAGAAAUAAAUCGUAUGAUUUGCUUCCAAAGUCCAUUAGUAUUUUACCCGACUGUGAAAAGAUAGUCUUCAACACAGCUAAGGUAAAUGUAGAGUCCAACAAAAGAAUCAUGACAUCAACUUACAAAUUGAAGGAUGUUGAUAAGUGGGAAAGUUAUAGAGAUGUUAUUCCCAACUACUCAGAUACCACAAUAAGAUCAAAUAGUCUGUUGGAGCAAAUGAAUUCAACCAAAGAUAAAUCAGAUUAUCUUUGGUAUACUUUGACCUUUCAACCUAAUUCCUCUUGCACUCAACCUCUACUCCAUCUUCAGUCUCUUGCACAUGUUGCCUACGCUUUUGUCAACAACAAAUUUGCAGGGUCAGCUCAUGGAAGUAAAAAUGACAAAGGUCCAUUCAUUAUGGAAGUGCCGAUAGCCUUAAACGACGACGGAAUGACCAAUAAUAUUUCUAUUCUGAGUGUUAUGGUUGGAUUACCGGAUUCUGGAGCUUUUUUGGAGAAGAGGUAUGCUGGAUUAACAAGAGUUGAAAUUCAAUGUACUCUAGAAAAGGACUUGUACAAUUUUACUACCGAUUACCAAUGGGGAUAUCAGGUAGGAGUGGUGGGAGAGAACUUACAAAUAUACAAAGGUGAACUUUUGGACAGUGUUGAUUGGUGGAAAGCUGAUUUCUCCACUGCUCAGCCGCUUACUUGGUUUAAGACAAAAUUUGAAACACCAAAAGGAAAUGAUCCAGUGAUCUUAAACCUUACCACAAUGGGUAAAGGCCAAGCAUGGGUGAAUGGCCAAAACAUUGGUCGCUACUGGAUUUCAUUUCUUACAUCCAAAGGCCAUCCUUCACAAACAUGGUACCAUGUUCCACGAGCAUUUCUUAAUAUGUCUUCUGCAAAUCUUCUAGUUAUAUUGGAAGAGUCCAAUGGAGAUCCUUCGAAGAUUUCAGUGAACACAGUUUCCACCAAAACCUUACCACAUUAUAUUUCUAGUAAUCAUUUCCGCAAAAAUUCAAUGUAAUAGUACAUUAAUUUUACUAUUUUCAUUUUUUUUAUAAUUAACUCAUAAAUACUUAAUUUUUAUAAAAAUAUAAUUUAGUUUUU